AUGAAGUCUUUCUUCUCACUCGCCCUCUUCGCCCUGUCGGCCCUCGCCCAGAACGCCCAUAUCGGAGUCCCCGUUGAGGGCCAAACGGUCACCGCUGGGGAAGAGCUUAUCGUGCAAGUGCAGCGUCCCAACUCUCUGAGCCCAUCUGUUGAAGUCGGCGUCGUAAUCGGUUUCACUUCCUGUGCAUCCACACCUUGCCGCAGCGCGGAGGACAUUCUGGGAACUAUCCUGUAUAAUGGACCUUUCAAGCCCGUGUACCAUGAGACGAGCCUUCCCCCAUACGAGAACUUCACUGUCACUGUUCCUGCUUCGGCUGCCAAGGGCAAUGGCCAAAUUAAUGUCGCUCACGCCGCUUUGAUUGGAGCCGGUCCUCAGGCCUUCUUGGAGUCUCUCAACCAGACUGUGGUCGUUGUAUAA